AUGCAAUUAAGAUUACGUUUUGUUUGUUGUGAUGAAAAUGCCACUUUGGAUUGUUCACCACAAGGUCCAUUUGCCAUUCCUCCUAGACAAGGACAAUCCCAGUUAAUUUCUCCUGUUUCCUCAUUGACAAGGACAUCAAGAAGUAGAAGUCGACCAAGGAGUCGACCUCCACGCUCCAUAUCACGCUCAAGAAGUCGUCAUUCUUAUUCAUCAUAUUCUUCACGUAGUGGUUCCUAUUCUAGUAGUAGAGAAAAUAGAUCACCAGUACCAGCAGCACCAACAGCAUCAACAACAAGAGGCCGUAACUCCAUUAGAUCACCACCGCCAGCUUCUUCUUCGCGUCAUCACAAUUACACCUCUUCUUCGCGUAGACAACGACGUUCCUCUUUAUCGCCCAUACUUCCUACAAAAAUUAUGGUUAAUAAAUUAACAAAAAAUGUUAAGGAAGCUCAUUUACAAGAAAUAUUUGGUGCAUUUGGUAGGAUUAAUCGAAUAGAAGUAUUGAUUGAUGAAAAAUGGCAAACAAAUAAAGGUACAGCUUAUAUUGAUUUUGAAACUGGAAACGAUGCAGAAAGAGCUAUAAGUUAUAUGGAUGGGGGUCAACUUGAUGGAAAUACGUUAUCUUGUACAUUUGUUCCACGUCGUCAACCAUCACCACCUCCAAUUAGACGUAGACCAAUUAUGAGAUACAAUUCGCCACCACCGUUUCGACGAUUUACAGCUAGCAGUUAUCGUGGACUUCCUACAAGUUCUUCAUCAUCAAAAUCAUCUGUUCAAGAUUAUGUGUCAGUUAACAAAGAUCAACCUAACCUUUUAAAUGAUAUAAAUGAAAGAUUACCUGCUAAUACUACUACAUUCAAAAGCUGUAAUAGCAGAAAGUUGAUUAUUAAAAAGUAA